AAAUACGGUUUUUUCUUUCGAGAAUCAAUUGGUGGCUCCUGAAAGAGACACACCCUUUGGGAAGAACAAGGAGAAAGAAAAACCCAAAAUAUUUUCUUCUUCUCUUCCUCAAUCUUCAUACACCAAAUUUAUGGAUAACAGAUGCAAAUCUGGUUCACAGCAACUUCGUUUCGUCGCAAAACAACUUCCAUCGCUUUUUCAACCCUUCGAUAGAUCAAUUCCUGGCCUUCUGUUUCUACGUUUUGGUCUUCCCAAGUAGCAUUCAAUCUACCUUCUUUCUCUCACCUGUUAUAUUUUCUUAACAAAAAGAUUGUGGCUUCCUUAAUUCUUGUUCUGUAUAUGCUGCACAAGUCUUCAGACAGAGAUAUAAAGUGAUUUCUGCUUAAAUUAUGGUGUGUGGACCACGAUGACCGUUUCAGCUGGAUCAUCCCUUAAGAAGAUGUCGUGGUCCAAGGGCAACCAACCUUCUGGUUGGACAGCUUUUGAUCUCAAGCAGAAAAAUAAGAACAGUUUUGAAUCUGUAGUUGACAAGGACCCUUUUCCACCUAUAGGCUCAUCUGGUUCUAUGCGACAAGGUGAUAAGUUUAUCAAGAAGAAACAUGUUCCUUCGAAGCCUUUCUCUUCAGUUCUUCUACCUAAUAAAAAUUUCCCUCCUUUGAAAGAGGUUGGGAAUGGUCAAAAGGCAGCCUCAGGUUAUGAUUCUGAUGGAAAAUCUUUUGGGACUACAGCUCAGGAAGAUGCUAAUUUAGAUACCAAAAAGCUCAAAGAGAAACAUCCCUGGGCUGAAAAUAGCUUGAUUGAGGAUAUCUUGGCUGCCGUUAAUAAUAAUGUUGAUAAGGCCGUGGCUUUAUUGGAAACAAUGGCAUCUGCAGUCAAUUUCGAAGAACACAAAAUAUCAAGCGAUCCAAGAUCAACUAUUUCAGAGACUGGUGAAAGUCUUACGUCAGAAGAAAUGGUCAAAGAUGACAUUCUCUUCCAUUCUAAUUUUGUUGGUCACCUCCAAGAUAACGAUAAAGACUUGGAGAAUAGAAAUGCUUCAUUAGGUCCGAAGUUUUCUAAUGUCAGUAACCUGAAAUACAAAAGAGACCUCUUGAAUUCUAUUCCGGAUGAGCCUGAAUGGGAGGAAGAUGAUAUUUACAUCAGCCAUCGAAAGGAUGCAUUGAAGACAAUGAGGUCAGCAUCACGACAUUCUAAAGCAGCCGCUAACGCUUUUCUAAAAGGUGAACACUUUUCUGCUCAACAACAUUCAAUGAGAGCUAGGGAUGAAUGGAAUAAUGCCGACAAACUUAAUUCUGAGGCAGCCACAAAAAUUUUAAGUAUCAGGAAUAGUGAUAAUGAUAUAUGGAGACUGGAUUUGCACGGUCUUCAUGCAGCCGAAGCUGUUCAAGCAUUGCAAGAACAUCUCCAUAGAAUUGAAAGUCAAGGUUUUUCAAAGAGCUCAGCCCCUUCAAAUGGUGUGAAGAAGAAUGGGUCUGUUAGCUUCAUGGACUCGGAAAAUUUGGAUAAGCACGCACCAAUGAAGCUUAGAUCAUUAGGUCUACAUGUCAUAACAGGUGUUGGCAAUCACAGCCGAGGACAAGCUGCUCUUCCUACAGCUGUAAGAAGUUUCCUCAGUGAAAACAGAUACCGUAUUGAGGAGACGAGACCAGGAGUGAUCACAGUGUGGCCCAAGUUUCGCCAGAGUUAAUGACAAGCAUGUAUUCUUAUACUAUUGAGUUAUGAGUAUUCUUGUGAAGAUCUGAAAGUUUGUAUACAUUGUGUAAUUUUACCAUGUAUUUCUCCUUACUGGAGUUACAUAUUAUAAUAUGCAGUGGGGAGAUUUAAUUAUACAUGUAAUAGUCUUUACCUGUCCAUUUGUAAUAAGAUGUUUCUCUUAGCUUUGGAAA